CGGCGUUAUCAAAUCCGUCAAGGAAACCACAUCUGAAGUUGUGAACCCCCAAUCCAAUUCCAAUCUCCCCCUUUCAUCAGCGCCAUGGCUCUCUCCUCCUUCUCCAUGUCCCUCCCCUUCGCCAAGCUGCCUUCCACCUCCAAAUCCACCCGCUUCCUUCCCAUCCGGGCCUCCUCUGCCGCCGCCGCCGCCUCCCCUUCCUUCGAUUUGCGCCUCUAUUGGACAUCCCUGAUCGCCGAUGUGGAGGCCGAGCUCGACGCCGCGAUGCCCAUCCGCACGCCGGAGAGAAUCCACUCCGCCAUGCGCUACGCCGUCCUCCCGGGCGCCGGCAACGAGGGCACCGCCAAGCGCGCGCCCCCGGUCCUCUGCGUCGCCGCCUGCGAGCUCCUCGGCGCGCCGCGCGAGGCCGCGCUCCCCGCCGCUGUGGCCCUCGAGAUGCUCCACGCGGCGUCGCUCGUGCACGACGACCUCCCAUGCUUCGACGCCGCGCCCACCCGCCGCGGGCGCCCCUCCACCCACGCCGCCUACGGCACCGACAUGGCCGUCCUCGCCGGGGACGCGCUCUUCCCCCUCGCCUACACCCACGUCAUCGCCCACACUCCGUCGCCCGACCCCGUACCCCACGCCGUCCUCCUCCGCGUCCUCGGGGAGCUAGCGCGCGCCGUGGGAUCCACAGGCAUGGCGGCCGGCCAAUUCCUCGACCUCGCCGGCGCCACCGCCCUCGGCGAGGCCGAGGUCAUGAAGGUUCUGACGAAGAAGUUCGGCGAGAUGGCGGAGUGCUCCGCCGCCUGCGGCGCCAUGCUGGGAGGCGCGGGGCCCGACGAGGAGGCCGCGCUGCGGCGCUACGGCCGCACCAUCGGCGUCCUGUACCAGCUCGUCGACGACAUCCGGAGCGCGUCGGGCAACGGCAAGAUGAGGAGCAAUGCCAGCGUCCUGCGCGCGCUGGGCAUGGAUCGAGCGCUCGGCAUCGUAGAGGAGCUCAAAGCGCAGGCCAAGAUGGAGGCCGACAGGUUCGGUGACAAGUAUGGCGAAAGGGUGCUUCCCUUGUACAGCUUCGUGGACUAUGCGGUGGAGAGGGGAUUCGAGCUGCAGGAUGCAGCUACAACGCCGUAGGCACGGACCGCGCAGACCAACCUUGAUGCUACCGGAUAUUUGAAGUUCUGAGCAAGUGGUUAUAUAUGGAGUUAUAUGCUGCUGAGAUUUGUUCUAUUCAGGUACGACGCAGCACACAUCACACCGGACUGGGAUCCUCUAGGUCAGGUGACUUUAGAGUCACUCCACACCACUGGUCAGAUAAUCCCACAUCUCUCCACAAUCCCUGAAUUACUUGCACCCGGACCCAACAUGGAUGCAGCCAUGGCUGCCCCCUCUAUUCUAGCACGCGAUGGAAGGCGCAACCAUUUAAACAGAAACCAGCCGGUGGCCGGUGCUUCAUGCGCACCACCAGAGCCGGCGCCGAUCUACAUCUCCACCAGAGUAUCAGAUACAAAAACCAGAGUAUCAGACUCGACGAACGACGCAGCAGGCCAUUGGCCUCGCAGCUUCACGGCAAGGGUCGUUGGUUGCCUGGGCUAGCCGUCGGAAUCAGAAAUAGGAGUUCACCCAUUGAACUUUUUAUUACUGCUUUCACCAUUUGGAAUGAAAACUCUUUAUCUCUGUAUCUACGUUAUCCAUCAACUACACAGCACCAGUAAUUACAUACUGCA